CCGGCUGGGUGAGCGCGGGCGCGAGCGGAGCGCACGGCGGAGGCGGCGGGCAGCCCGGGUUAUCUGAGCCGCUCGGUCUUGGGUGGCUGCGCCCAGAUCUCCGGGCGGCGGCGGCCAAGGCGAGACGCGCUGUCGGGCCGCUGCGGAGCCAAGAAGCGAGACCCAGGCCCGGACGGCAGCGGCGGGGAGCAGAGCAUGGAACAGCGCGCGGGCCGGGCAGUCCUGAAGUUGAGUUUGAGAGGCGACACGGCGGCGGCGGCCGCGCUGCUCCCGCUCCUCUGCCUCCCCAUGGAUAUGCACUGCAAAGCAGACCCCUUCUCCGCGAUGCACCCAGGGCACGGGGGUGUGAACCAGCUCGGGGGGGUGUUUGUGAACGGCAGGCCCCUGCCCGACGUGGUGAGGCAGCGCAUCGUGGAGCUGGCCCACCAGGGUGUGCGGCCCUGCGACAUCUCCCGGCAGCUGCGGGUCAGCCACGGCUGUGUCAGCAAAAUCCUGGGCAGGUACUACGAGACCGGCAGCAUCAAGCCUGGCGUGAUCGGCGGCUCCAAGCCCAAAGUGGCAACGCCCAAAGUUGUGGACAAGAUUGCUGAAUACAAGCGACAGAACCCUACUAUGUUCGCCUGGGAGAUCCGGGACAGGCUCCUGGCAGAGGGCAUCUGUGACAACGACACGGUACCCAGCGUCUCUUCCAUCAACAGGAUCAUCCGGACCAAAGUUCAGCAACCUUUCCACCCGACGCCAGAUGGAGCCGGGACUGGAGUGACUGCCCCUGGCCACACCAUUGUUCCCAGCACGGCCUCCCCUCCUGUUUCCAGCGCCUCCAACGAUCCAGUAGGAUCCUACUCCAUCAACGGGAUCCUGGGGAUCCCUCGCUCCAAUGGCGAGAAGAGGAAACGUGAUGAAGUCGAGGUAUACACUGAUCCUGCCCACAUUAGAGGAGGUGGAGGUUUGCAUCUGGUCUGGACUUUAAGAGAUGUGUCCGAGGGCUCAGUCCCCAAUGGAGACUCCCAGAGUGGCGUGGACAGUUUGCGGAAGCACUUGCGAGCUGACACCUUCACCCAGCAGCAGCUGGAAGCUUUGGAUCGGGUCUUUGAGCGUCCUUCCUACCCUGACGUCUUCCAGGCAUCAGAGCACAUCAAAUCAGAACAGGGGAAUGAGUACUCCCUCCCAGCCCUGACCCCUGGGCUUGAUGAAGUCAAGUCGAGUCUAUCUGCAUCCACCAACCCCGAGCUGGGCAGCAACGUGUCAGGCACACAGACAUACCCCGUUGUGACCGGUCGUGACAUGGCGAGCACCACUCUGCCUGGUUACCCCCCUCACGUGCCCCCCACUGGCCAGGGAAGCUAUCCCACCUCCACCCUGGCAGGAAUGGUGCCUGGGAGCGAGUUCUCCGGCAACCCGUACAGCCACCCCCAGUACACGGCCUACAACGAGGCUUGGAGAUUCAGCAACCCCGCCUUACUAAGUUCCCCUUAUUAUUAUAGUGCCGCCCCCCGGGGCUCCGCCCCUGCCGCUGCUGCCGCUGCCUAUGACCGCCACUAGUUACCGCGGGGACCACAUCAAGCUUCAGGCCGACAGCUUCGGCCUCCACAUCGUCCCCGUCUGACCGCCCGCCCCGGAGGGAGGGAGGACCGACGCGACACGAAGCUUCCCGGCCACCGUCCCAGACCCACCCCCAUCCCAGGAUCCCUGCAGCCCUUCACCGCACCCGGUCGAAGGCCGGACAGACGGGUGGAGCCGUGGGCGGGACCCUCAGGCCCGGCCCCGCCUCCCCAUCCUCGCCCGCCGCCCCUCCCCGCCUGCCUGGACUGCGCGACGUCGUGGGUAGAGCCGACCCAGCUCGUCCCCGCCUGUCUCGGAGCCGACCAGCCACGCCGCCGAAUUCUGGCCGGGCCCGCCGCUGCGCGCGGUGGACGCGUUUCUGUGACACACAAUCAGCUCGGACUGCAGCGCGGCCCAGCCCCAGAGCAGCCCGCCUCGGACGCUCCAGCGCCAGGAGGCUUCGCUGGAGGGACUGGGCAAAGGAAAUUAAGGACAAAACGAUUUUCUGCAGAAGGAGGAAUAGCCUCCUGCCAAGCCUUCGGGGAAAAGUCCUUACCCCCGGGCCAGCUGGACUGCCCCCACCUUCCGAGUGUCCCCAACCCAGAAGGUGGAAUGGAAUGAAGGCGUGGGGGCCGGGCUCUAGGGGCGGGCUCGGGGUCGUCAGGUGUUUCCAAGGUUGAGACCCAAGGCACCCAGGCCCCAGCAGCCCGCACCCGCCGAGUCCGACUCUUGGCUCUACCAUACUCCGCCCCAACUGCCCUAUACCCCAAGGUCCAGGCAUCUCCUACUAGUGACCAGACUCUCAGCCCCGCCUUGCCCCUACCUCAGCGCCUCUUCCAUCUGCUGACCUCGCAGUUCCCUCUCCUGCCCGUCUUUUCCCCAUCCCGGGACGCUCUGCAUCUCUCCUCCCUAACUCGCCGCCCCACCGGAGGUUCUCCCACGCCUGCCUCAGGACCAGUUUCCAAAGGCGGCGGGCACUAGUCUUCCCCAAGCAGUUAUUUGAUGCCCCCAACACAGACUCUCAAUCUGCCGGUGGUAGGAGCAGGUCCUGAGCAGGCGUUCGAGCUGCGUGAGGUGGAAGGUGGGGAGCUGCCCAUUCCACACCCACCCACCCACCCACCUCCAGCCUCUAGCCUCCUCCUCGGGCAGGAACUGAACAGAGCUGCAAAAAGUCUACAUUUAUUUAAUGUGACGGUCUUUACAAAAAGCAAAACAAAACAAAAACCUAACAGGCUGCUGCUUUGUAGAAAGACGGUGUGUGUCGUGUGAAGGCGAACCCAAGAGUGUAUAUAACCCCGCCCCGCCCGCCCCGCCCAGCCCCGCCCGGUAGAGUCCCCGUUGCCCACCCGCCCUGCCUGUAGAUACGCCCCGCUGUCUGUGCUGUGAGAGUCGCCGCUCGCUGGGGGGGAGGGGGGGACACAGCUACACGCCCACUAAAGCACAGCACGUCCUGGGGGAGGGGGGCAUUUUUUAUGUUACAAAAAAAAAAAAUUACGAAAGAAAUCUCUAUGCAAAAUGACGAACGUGGUCCUGUGGACUCCUCUCGCCUCUGUUUUGUUGGCUAUUUCUCUGUAAUUCCGUGUUUGCGCUCUCUCCUCUUCUCUCUCCUCUGCAUCUUUCCUCUCUCCAUCUCCUUCCUCUGCUUCUCUCCCCUCUGUCUCUGUCUCUCUCGGUCUUCGUCCCUCUUGUCUAUCUCUGUCCCUCCCUCGGCCUCUCUCCCCAGCCCUGCUCCGGCGGCCUUGCCCCCUGAGGCUAGAUCAGAGGUGGCAGCUCCAGCCCCCGGGGCUUGCCCCCUCGAAGCCGGGCCCCACGCGCCCUGGGCUGCCGGCGGCCGGGCCGCCCCGCCCCGUAGUUGCUCUCUCCGUAGCGGCGAUGCGCCCUGCAUGUCUCCUCACCCGUGGAUCGUGACGACUCGAAAUAAGAGAAACAAAGUCAAUAAAAGUGAAAAAUAAAUAAAUAAAUAAAAAUCCUUGAACAAAUCCGAAAAGGCUUGGAGUCCUCGCCCAGAUCUCUCUCCCCUUCGAGCCUUUUUAUUUGAAAAGGAAAACGAGAAAAGAAAACAGUUCAAGGGAACCGCCGGUGCCCAGGCAGGCUCCAGUGGCCCGAGCCGGGUGGCGAGGGAGCCGAGGUUUGAACUCCAAGGCCGAGCCUUGUGGGGCUGGCCGGACGGGGGCCCCAGACCCAGACCCAGCCGAAUCCUCGAAAGAUUCCCCCGAUGGCUCUGGUCUCCUUGGCCACUUUCAGCGCGUCGGUUCGUUUUGAUUCUUUUUCCCUUAUUUUCUUUUCUUUUGUGCACAUAAGAAAUAAAUAAUAAUAAUAAUAAUAAUAAAUAAUAAUAAAAAUUUUGUAUGUCACUC